AUGGAGACCACCUUCAUGGCCAUCAUAGGCUGUUUAGCCUUCGCAUUAUUCCUUUACAGCCUCAAAACAUGUUUGAAGACCAAUAGCACUGCCUCCUUUGUCUCAGAUCUAGAUCACUCACAUUGCCCUCCACCAGAUCCCAGAUCGACCGUGCGGUUAUCAACUGCAGGUAUCAGAGCACAGACCAUGCUUGAGAUAGGAGCAAGGAAUAACAGAGCAAGUCGUAACGCUUCAACUUCUGGCAACCCUGCUCCUACAUCUCGACAGCCCAGGUCUGGAGGGCAACGAUUACAUCGGGAUGCUAUAGAUUCUGUAGACCCUUUGCCGCUUUAUGAAGAUCCAGUGUCGGUGCCAUCAUCAUCACCAUGUUAUUCAUGUACUGUUGAUGCUGCUGAGCAUACAUUGCAGAUUGAGCAUAUUAGGGCACAACAAAACCAAUCAUCACUAUCACAAGAAACAUAUGAUACCCAUGAAACACAUGUUUCUAUGGAGGACCCGCCACCAGAUUAUGUUCCACGAACUAAUGAAGAACAGAUUCAUCCAUCGUCAGCCGGGACUCCAUCGGCAACAGCAGCAACAACAGCAGCAACGACAAUAACAGUAACAACAGCAACAGCAGCAAUUGCAACAAUAGCAAUGGUAAGCACAUUAGCAGCAAUGGCGCCUGAGACAUCAACAACUUCUCAAACCCAGCAACCGUAUCUAUCACAUUCUCUAGAGAUGAGGGCCUCACCAACUAGGGACCAACAGGAGAAUGAGGCAAGGCAAAACCCAACAGCCAGUAGCGAUAGCAACAAUUGCUCUAAUCAAAAUGUAAAUUAA